AUGAAGGACCAGAGGAACCCGGUUGUCUGGAACGAGGACUGCGAGACAGCCUUCCAGGCCCUCAAGUCCUGCCUCUGCUCAUCGCCGGUGCUGCGGAGCCCCGACUUCGAACAGCGGUUCCUGGUCCAGACUGACGCUUCUGCCGUGGGACUAGGAGCAGUCCUGGCUCAAGGGGACCCUGGAGAAGAACGUCCUGUACGGUACCUGAGCCGGAAGCUGCUGCCGCGAGAGACCAGGUACUCUACCGUGGAGAAGGAGGGCCUGGCCAUCAAGUGGGCUCUGGAGAGCCUGCGGUACUACCUGCUGGGAAGAGAGUUCGACCUCGAGACGGACCACCGGGCGCUGACUUGGAUGAAUUCCAUGAAGGACCAUAACAGUCGUCUCACCCGCUGGUACCUCUCCCUCCAGCCGUUCCAGUUCCAGAUCCGCCAUCGAGCUGGGAAGACCAAUGUCGUGGCAGACUACCUGUCCAGGUUGCCGCACAUCGUCAACCUCGAGGAGGAGGGGGAUAAUGUGACGGAGCGCCAGUGA